AGCAUGUCUCGAAGGAAGAUUUCGUCCGAGUCCUUCAGCUCCCUGGGCUCCGACUACCUGGAGACCAGCCCGGAGGAGGAGGGGGAGUGCCCCCUGUCUAGGCUCUGCUGGAAUGGCAGCCGGAGCCCGCCCGGGCCGCUGGAGCCCCGCCCGGCCGCAGCUGCCGCUGCCGCCGCCCCGGCCCCGACCCCGGCUGCUUCUGCCGCCGCCGCCGCCGCCACUGCCGGGGCCAGGAGGGUGCAGCGCCGGAGGCGGGUCAACCUGGACUCGCUGGGCGAGAGCAUCAGCCGCCUGACGGCGCCCUCGCCUCAGACGAUACAGCAAACUCUCAAGAGGACACUUCAGUAUUAUGAACAUCAAGUUAUUGGUUACAGGGAUGCAGAAAAGAAUUUCCACAAUAUCUCUAACAGAUGCUCCUAUGCAGACCACUCCAACAAGGAAGAAAUUGAAGAUGUCUCAGGAAUUCUUCAGUGUACUGCUAAUAUACUCGGUUUGAAGUUUGAGGAAAUUCAAGAAAGAUUUGGUGAAGAGUUCUUUAAUAUAUGCUUUCAUGAGAAUGAGAGAGUCCUUCGAGCUGUAGGUGGCACUUUGCAGGACUUUUUUAACGGCUUUGAUGCUUUGUUGGAACACAUUAGAACUUCUUUUGGAAAACAGGCCACUCUGGAGUCACCAUCUUUCCUAUGCAAAGAGCUCCCUGAAGGUACUCUCAUGCUCCACUACUUCCACCCUCACCAUAUUGUGGGGUUUGCAAUGCUGGGGAUGAUUAAGGCUGCAGGAAAGAAGAUCUAUCGGCUGGAUGUGGAAGUGGAACAGGUUGCAAAUGAGAAGCUAUGCUCUGAUGUUUCAAACCCAGGCAAUUGUAGCUGUCUUACUUUCCUUAUCAAAGAAUGUGAAAAUACUAAUAUCACGAAGAACCUUCCACAGGGAACCUCCCAAGUUCCUGCGGACCUCAGAAUUAGCAUCAACACCUUCUGUAGAGCUUUCCCUUUCCACUUGAUGUUUGACCCCAGCAUGUCAGUCCUUCAGUUGGGGGAAGGUCUAAGGAAGCAGCUUCGAUGUGACACUCACAAAGUGCUCAAGUUUGAGGACUGCUUCGAGAUUGUAUCUCCAAAGGUUAAUGCCACCUUUGAAAGGGUCCUGCUGCGACUGUCUACCCCGUUUGUGAUUAGAACCAAGCCUGAGGCUUCUGGCUCUGAAAAUAAAGACAAGGUGAUGGAAGUCAAAGGACAAAUGAUCCAUGUUCCAGAAUCAAAUUCCAUUUUAUUUUUGGGCUCUCCAUGUGUGGACAAGUUGGAUGAACUCAUGGGCCGAGGGCUACAUCUCUCAGACAUACCUAUCCAUGAUGCCACCCGAGAUGUCAUUUUGGUUGGUGAGCAGGCAAAGGCCCAAGAUGGGUUGAAGAAAAGGAUGGAUAAAUUAAAGGCAACUUUAGAAAGAACUCACCAGGCCCUGGAAGAAGAGAAAAAGAAGACAGUGGAUCUUCUAUAUUCUAUUUUCCCUGGUGAUGUAGCCCAGCAAUUAUGGCAAGGGCAGCAAGUACAGGCCAGAAAGUUUGAUGAUGUCACCAUGCUCUUUUCAGACAUUGUUGGCUUCACAGCCAUAUGUGCCCAGUGUACUCCCUUGCAAGUAAUCAGCAUGCUGAAUGAACUGUACACCAGAUUUGACCACCAGUGUGGAUUUUUGGAUAUUUAUAAGGUGGAAACAAUAGGUGAUGCCUACUGUGUUGCAGCAGGGCUCCACAGAAAAAGCCUCUGCCAUGCUAAACCCAUUGCUCUGAUGGCCUUGAAGAUGAUGGAACUUUCAGAAGAGGUGCUGACACCUGAUGGAAGACCGAUUCAGAUGAGGAUAGGAAUUCACUCGGGCUCCGUGCUGGCUGGAGUUGUUGGGGUGCGAAUGCCACGUUAUUGCCUGUUUGGAAAUAAUGUCACGCUGGCAAGCAAAUUCGAGUCGGGAAGUCACCCUCGGCGCAUCAAUGUCAGCCCAACCACUUACCAAUUAUUAAAACGAGAAGAAAGUUUCACAUUCAUUCCGCGGUCUCGUGAAGAGCUUCCAGACAACUUUCCAAAGGAAAUUCCUGGGAUCUGCUAUUUCCUGGAGGUAAGGACUGGUCCAAAGCCACCAAAGCCUUCUCUUUCUUCGUCGAGAAUAAAAAAGGUUUCCUACAACAUCGGCACCAUGUUCCUCCGGGAGACAAGCCUCUGAGACCUGCUACAGAUCAAAGACUCCUCCAAAAAGCACAAGCCCAGAACAUGGGUCACCAAUGGGGGGUGGAAAGAGAUUGUGUCUCUUUCAUUGCUUUGUUGAGAACAAGCAGCAAAAUUUCUGUAUUAUGUCAGGCAAUAAUCCUACUAAAAGGUGGAGGUGACCGCUGUCAAUAAAAAGCCGGAGGAUGAGGGAAAUAAGAUGUGUCCAUUCAUAUGAGUGGUUUUGGUCAUAUAUAUACACAUAUAUUUUAAUUACAAGUGUGGAUCCCCUUUCAGAACUAACCAAUAAAUAGAUUCCAUGUUUUCUUGUUUAUCACACAUACAAGUAUCUUUCCCUAUAUAUUUGUACCACUUUUGAGAGCCAGUUUUGAUUAUAUAUUCCUACAUUUAGUGAGUUGGUGGGUGAGGAAUAUUUUCUAAGUUUCUUUUUCUGAACAGACAUUUCAUACAUGUAUCAUGGCAGUGUGGUAAACUUCCCAACUGGAAGAAUUGUAACUCAGCAAAAUAUUUUAGGGAUAUUACCUAUUUUUAUACAUAUCUCUUCUAGAUAACUACAUUUCGCACAACAUUAUUAGAUUUUCAGAAUCUGCUUCUGUAUUGUUAGUAUAUUAUAUAUAAUGCUAACCUAUUAAUCUAAUAUAGUUUCCCUUAUUUAGAGAGAUCAGUGCUUCGACUGAGAAUACAUAUAACCAAGGAUUUCAGAUACCGAGAAAGCAUUAUAUGUCUGCUUAGUAAAUGUAUCUUUUAGAUUUAAUUAAUGUAGCAUGGAAUCCAGAGGAAAUGGAAUUUCCUAACACCAGAUAUAUCUUUAACCAAGAUUAAAGAAAGGUCUUUUUGCCACCUUCUAACAAAUAUCAGUUAAAAUGAAAUGCUUUGCUACACUGGAUCCUUUUCAACUUAGCACUUACAAAUAUAGGUAGCUUUUGCAACACUAAACUGCAUUCUAAUAAACAGCAUUCAGCUAAAUGACAUGUUAGUUACCCCCUUCCUCUUCCCCAGUUGAUGCCUCCUAAGAGCCGACUGCUAUUCUUGAGAGCAAAUUCCUGGAUACUGGCAUUAGUGACAAAGAAGUGUCAGGACAUUUUGCCAAGAAUGUGGUUUCUUCUUGUACAACACAAAGCAAGGAAACCUCUGUAUUUUAUGGCUUUGAGGUUUUAAAAAAUGUUCUGCAGUUUGAUUGAUAUGGCUUUUAAAUUCAGUGAAUCACUUUCAUGAAUACUGAAGUAGGUAUAAUCUUCAGAACUAGUAAUCAUUAUAGUUACAGAUAGGAUUCCAUCGCAUGUCCUGCUCAAAUGAAGACCUGUUCUCAUUAAUCAAUACUGCAUGAAAAUAUUACUGGCUCACACUAAAAUUAGGAGCAUCAGGUGUCCAGAGUUUUCCUGUUUGGGUUCAGAUAUAAAAUCUAAGUUUCUAUUGGGGUUAAUAAGCUGGAAGCAUUUGUUUCCUUGAAGCCUUGGAGAGGUCAUUUUCUUACUCAUUGAUAGCUUAUGUCUACUGAAUGCAAUAUUCUUUUCUGUUCAGGGAUUUUGGCUGCAUUAUGGUUUGGUUAUGACAUAACUCAGUUAAGGAAUAUAUUUACUAAUUUCCAAUGUAGUCUAUGAGGCUCAUUUAAUGUUUUUAAAUUUUCUAUGUGUGUGGCUAGAAGGCAUUUGUAGAUAUGCAAAUAUUUGUUAUAAUCCUGAUCCCUUUUAUAAUUUGAGUUAUUUUCUUGCCCUGGGGGUUUACAAGGACACGAGUGCAACACUGUUUAUAUGGAGAAGACAGGAAAUAGACCUUGAGCUCUAAACCUUUGCCUGACCCCCUCUUCUGUGGGCCUGUGUUUCUGGACAAUGGGGAGGUUUACAGCCAGUAUGAGCAGAGCAGGCUGGGAGCACCUCAAUCCUCAUGCUUAUAUUAGAAAAUGCCUUAGCAAUGUUGAUGGGCUCCUUGUAGCACUGGAGCAUGGGGAGAGAACAAGCUCACUGAAGUCAUUUAUGCCUAUUGUCUUCAGUAACUUAGAACUUAUUAUGGUAUAUUAAAUCAAUAAAAUGUUGGUGAUGAACAAUGUGUUUUGUAACCAUAAGGCUGAAAGGGACUUCCAGGAAUAUCCAAUCUAUUUCUCUCACUUUUUAUAAAGAUUUGUCUAAGCAACUACUCUAAACAGAUAUUUAUUAUCUCCAUACUUAAGAAUAUCUAUGGGAAGCAUAUUUGAAAAGCAUCAUUGGAAAUCCACCUCAAUACUAGUGAUAGGCCUGGAGAGAAGUAUUGUAUUUAUAUAUCUCAAUUUGUCAGAAGAAUCACAAAUUCUGUAUUAGUUUAUAUGAUUUUACUUAGAGAAUAAGUAUCCAUUUACAUUGCCAUACAUGUCACGAUGAAGAACGUGCCAGAGAUUUCUUAUGUACCACUGACAGGAUGUCAACUACAUUUUUCAUACAUUAUAAUCUAAGUGUAUUUUCACAGCUAUAGUCCGAGAUAAUGGUCCAAUUUGUUAUCAUUUUGCUAAUCUAUUAUAGUUGAUUAUUGUAGUUACAAUGUUGCUAUAUAUGUUUAUGAGGUACUAUAUAAAAUGUCUGUUCAUUCAAACUUCAAUCACAGAAGUUAGAAGAUGGAGAAAGAAUUAUAUUUUUAUUUGUCCUACACAAUGCCAUCUACAUCUCUUCUCUUAGGAAUUGUGAUUGUAACAAUGUGGUGGCAUUUGUUAUUUCAUAUGACUUUUAUCUAUACAGUAUUCUCACUUACUUACAAACUAUUAAUUACCAACAGCAUGCAUUUUAGUAUGGCAGAUAAAAGAAAUUCAUGUGAUGUUCCCUUAGAAACCAAAUGAUAUUAAAUUGGGGAAAUGGUUUUAACCCACUCUGCAAGGGAUACUUUAAAAUAUAAUUUGGCACCUAUAGCUCUUGCAUUUUAAUAUUCUUUUAAGCUGCUGUUUGGAAGAAGACACCUUAUAACUAGCCAUUAGCACCAAAGCAUCACGUUGGUAUCAGGAUUAUUUUGAUGGAGAGAAUGUCAUCAUUUGCAAAUAAAUCAGUUAUCUAACAAAAUCAGAAUCCCCCAAUAUGUACUCAGAAUGUACUACCCUGUAUCUUCUUUGUGGACCUUAAUCAUUAGGUAACAUUGGCCAUAAUAAAAAAUAAUAAUAUGCUUCAGAAACAUAGUAGUUGGAUCUCUUGUCUAUAUAAUGUAGAGAAGGGGAAGAAGACAUAGCUUCCAGGUAACAUGGGACCCAAUUGCAUACAAUCUGCCUUUAUAUUCAUCUCUUGCUCUGUAUUUUAAGUAAUUUCAGAUUUUCCUUUUAAUAUCUGAUUAUGUGGAAUCAAGUGAGCUUUGAUCUGGGACUCUGAGACAGACAUUGAUGCCUGAGACUUGAGAGUGGGUCUGUAGGUUCAGCACUUCAAAUGUUGUUUCUUACAGUCUUGCACUCCUUCCUCUUGUCCAGUAACAACGGUGUCAGGACACAGUAGUUUAGUGUGAAUAUGCGUGUCUUUCCAGGAAAAACAAAGCAAAAGAGGAUAAUAACAACUUAAACAAAAUCUCAUUCACAAGGGGAGCAAGACUUUUAAUUUUGCAAAUGUCUCCAAAGAGUUCCAGCAAUAAAGCAAAAUUAAAUUGAUAGAUAACAAAAGGCAAAGCCAUGGAGAAUUCUGAAAACCCCACCAGGCUCUGUGUUUUGUAUAGAAUCAUACUGCUGCUGAAUGAAAUUGUGUAUCUAAAGUCAUAAGGCAUCAAGUAGGAGCUCAAAAUUAUGACCAUAAUUAAAUAUAUUUGUUGAAGGCUCCUUGGGUCCCUGACUUUCUGAGAGCAGGUGUUGUGGAUGGUUAAGGCAAAAAGUAAAACUUUUACACACAGGUUUCUGUCUUGUCAUUUUGAGAAUGACUCAGUCCAUUCUGGACCCUUUCUUACUCCAUUCUGUCGCUAGAAACCAUCUCACCCCCUCACGCCUGGCCACAGCAAACAGCAUUCUCUCUUCACUUCUGAACCCAGAAUGGCUACAGAAAGGGUUGCUGGUGCCUCAUUCAGGCGGAUAGGAAGGACCACACACAGUCAGGCCUGAGCAACAAUGUACUUCUGAAGUGUAGUAAUGAACUGGAUGUGCCGGGGCAUUGAUUAUAUCUGCAGCUUCACCCUCUGCUCUUUCUUCAAAACACAGUCUGACUCCAAGCACUUCAUACAGCUUCACUGAAUGUUCCUUUGAAAUUAAUUAUAAAUGACUCUGAAUAGGCUUUGGGUAGCACCAGGUGUCUUUCAGCUGACAAUAUCUAGAAACUCAAGUUCAAGAACCAAGCCCUCUAUCGUAGCUUAGUUGUUUCUACUAUUAGAUUAUAGAUCUUCAACUACAAAAAUUAUGUCAUUUCAGAGGCUUCUAUAAGCAUAGCUUAAUAAUAGAUAUAGCCCAAAAAUCAUGAUGCAUGAGACUGAAUUAUUAAAGUUUAACAUAUUUCUAAACGAUUUAUGGGCAGCUCUUGAUAUGAAUGUUUCUAAACCACAACCAGCUGGUUUAACAUACACAUAAAUUGUGUUCAUGUGAUUGAACAAAAUUUAUUGUUAAAUGGGUAAGUUGACCCCAGCUAUGGACUCAAUUUCAAGAUCCUCGUAGUGGUGAAUGAAGAGCAGACACCGAUAUUACGUACAGAUUAACAAUCUUGUCAGGCUAUAUUGAGAUAGUGUGCAAAAUUCCUUCCUCACACUUGAUCCAAACAAUUGAAACCUGCGUAUGACUGUUCUUCCAUCCCUUGUUUUCUUCCUUCCUUUGUUCCUUCUUUCCUUUAAUUAAAAAAGGUCAUUGAUACAUUUAUAACACAGGAAGUAUCACAGCUAAUCCCAUAUUCUAAAAUAGUUUUAUAAAGUGAUUAAUAUUUUUAGUUUGUGUGUAUGUGUGUUUAUUGAAUGUAGAUGUUUCAUGAUUUAAAGAAAUGUUUCUUUGGAAGGACUUGGGAAUGCAGAGAAGUAAAGUUUGCGUCUUUAUUUCUAAUAUGUUAUAACCAGAUCACGGUUUCAGUUAAGUACCUCAUUGCCAUCCCAUCCUCAUUAAGAAAUGACCUAGUUCAGUGGUUCAGCUGAUCUGCUUGGAAGUAUCUGGCUGGCUUCAUAAGAAUUCUGUAGGGAGUUUUAGGAAUACAGAAGACUAGUCUUUACCUUCAGAGAUUUGGAUUCAGUAGGUCUCAGGUAGGGCCUAGGAAUCUGUGUUUAGAAAAUCACUCUAAGUAAUGCUAAUAUACAGCCAGACUUGGGUAUCAUUGAAAAGUAUUCAAAUAAUCCCAAUUACUAGGAAUAAAUACAAGUUGACUGGGAUAGUAAUGUUAUUUCAUUUGUAGUUAUUUUGAAAAGUUAAAUACUCUAGGCCUCAUACCAUUAUUUCUUUCACAAAUUUUAAUUUUAGCUUUGAUUUCCAAUUUGCGGUCUUCUUUCUGAGCAUGAAUCUUCAAACUUAGAGACAGACAUCAACACUGAUAAGCAUGAGGGAUGAAUAUUGCUCACUAUAGGGCUAUUAGGCAUACUAGAUACAGUACCAUUUUCUUAGUUACUGCCAGAGCUGUGCAGUAUAUUACAACAUUUGCUAAUCCUCACCACCGAGGUAAAAACUAUGACCUUUGGGACACAGAAGCAAAUAUCAAAGUGACAGCCUUACUUCUGAAUGCUUUGAUUUUUAUGUCAUGAAAAGACAUCAACUUCUUAGUCUCACUAUGUACUUUUCAUAUUGAAUUGUACAUUAUCUGAAAACUGAUUUCCAAGCAAUACCUUAUAACAACCUUUCAAGCAAUAAUUUAAGCCGUGGUGAUGAUGCCAUAUGAAGCCUGCACUUCUUUGCAUUUCAUAGAGCCUUUGUGAAAACAGAAACUGUUUUAUACAAGCAAUAAUAUAGCUGGUGUGGACUUUUUAAAGAUACUCAUUAUUCUGUAGCAAAAUGAGCAGCAAGUAAUGACUCAGAUUAAAAAUAUUUAGGCAAAUGACAUGUUUAAUCUAUCUCAGAAGUUAUUCAUUUGCAAACAUGAUGUAAAGCGAUUAAUAUACAUCAGAUUAUUUCUGGUGCAUAAUUUUAAACAUGGCUAUAAAAAUAUGAUUUCUAUUCCUGUCAAAGAGAUUUGUGUAUUAUUUAUAAUGUUGCCCAAUUUUUGGAUCUUUGUAGUAUAUAAUAGUAAAGAAGAAGUUAAGGAUGGAUAAAUGAGUGGAAGUAGAGCAUAGGUUGGAAGAGGUGAUUGAGAAAGUAGGCUUUGCAAAAAUAUAGAUGGGUCUUGCAGCAGAUUAACUAAUUCAAAUGUUGGUUUGAUACGGUCUUGGAAGAUGAAAGAGUAAAGAUAAAAGAGCUCAUUAUUACUGUUUUCAAUAAUAGCUACACAAGUUUUUGGUAAGUAUGAUAGUAUUUUGACUUCAGAAUACGAUUGACUGAAAGUCACCUGUAGCACAAUAAAUAAGUGUCUGAAAAUGAUUAUUCAGUAAUACUGAAAAAACACUAAAGCUUUCAGAUUUCGAAAUGAAAAAAUCAUGUUUUUAGUCUACUUAAAAUACAAUUUUAAUAGAAUGUGGCAUAGUCAAUGAUAAUCAGUUCUUUAGUAGUUAAAUUUACUUCAUCAUUUAGAAUAAUGUAUAAGGAUUACAGCUAAAAUCAACUGGUAAAUUUAUGUUUAUACUGAACAGUAUCUAAACAUCAGAUUAUGAUUUAGCAUAUAAGCUUAGGAUUCAUUCCUAGGCAUCUAAAUAAGAUGACAGCUCCUAUUAUUGCCCUGCGAGGUAAACAAUCCUCUAAACAUGAAUAUGAACACAUUUGAAUGGUGGGUGUGUUUGAUAUAUUUUGUCUUUACCUUUCUAUUACUUAUAGCAAAACUUAAUUUUAGCAUUCUCCUGCCCACAGUUUGGAAAAUUUCCCUAUCAAAAUCAAACCGGAUUGUUGAUUUACUGAGGCUUUGACAAUUAUCCUCUUGUAUAUCACUGGAUCCUUAAAUCCUUAGUAAGAAUGGUUUUGGGUUAAAUAAAUAAUGGAAAAUAUUUAAUUUGAAUCUAUUAAAUUACACUGAAGUUAUCCUUCCAGUUAAUUCAGCUAGUUGCUGAUCAGAUCAUUCUUUAUAUUAGACUUAAGUACUGUUGCUUAUUAUUUAAAAGCAGAAAAGAAAACCCAAAUGGCAGGUCUGAGUAAUAGUUUCUUUUUGAUUCUUUUGAUACAUAUUUUUAAACUGAAGAAAUCACUUUAUAUUCAGUCUUCUUCUGUGGACUUUUUGCUAUUUGCAGAUAAAGAAGGAAUUCUACUUAAUAUAUUUUUACUGUGGUCUAUUAAAUGUCAUUAAACCUACAUCUAAGAGGAAAGUAAUAACUGAAAUAAAAUCAGGAAUGUGCAAAAUUGUUUCUUCAUACCUCACUUUCUGAAGACACUUCUUUGCAUUCUGCUGCCUGGCAUUUACACAGCAGACUCAGGACAAAGGGACAAAUGGAGUGAGUGAGGUGGGCAGGAGCUUUAGAAGAGAUGAAGCAAAGAGAGUUAGUUUUUUAUUCAGGAAGAUGUAGAGACUCUUAAAGGAGAGGCAAUUUCCGUAACAAACACCUCUGGUUUAAUGGAAGCCACAUGAUUUAUUUGACUACUGGUCACUUAUUUUUAAAAAGAAAAGAGAAAGACAAAAAAAGAGAAACCCUUCACAAGCCAUUUUUAGUUUUCCUAGGAGGUAGUGCCAACCUCUCGGCAGCUGCACAUCUCAGUGAAGCUGGGAUAGAAGCUUACAGAGCUACAAAUAGAUGCUUUCUGAAGGUGGCAGAUAGAACCAGUCUUGGUUACAAUGAUUAAGGUAAAUGAAAGUGUCAGAACAUCUGGGUUGAAGGAACAAAGAAGGCCAAAUACCAGCUCUGCCAUAUGCCACAGAAAACCCUGCUAAAAUUAGCAUAGAAAAACAGACUAACACUAUGCAAGUGAUAUUAAAACAAACUAUAUUUUUUCCUUUUAUAACAUGCCUGGCUGAGCUAGCAUUCAGUGAGAAGAAUAUACUUUUGUCUUAUGAAUCAUUUAAAAACAUUUGUUGUUGUUCUGACAUUAAAGAAAUUACAUAUUCCCUUAGUUGAAAAAUUUAAUCACAAAUAAUAGGAAAUAUUUAUUUUGUGUCCUGAAAUUUUUAAACUUCUGGCGGCUAUACUCUACCCCAUAUUCUUCUUCACAUUCUUCUCAAAUUGGGUUUGGCUUCUAGCAAAACAAGUGUGGAACUUUAGAGCAGAAAAAUGUCCAUCUGUCUGUUACAGAAUGUGCCAGAGUAUUUGAGCUGGAGAGAGAAUCACCCCAUAGCAUUUAAUGGUAUUCUGUGAGACAUGAAGACUCUAGUCUUCUAAACUUAAAAGUGGUUAGGUAGUACCUUAAUCAUCAAAGAUUUUUCACUUACAUGUAACUGGUUAAUUCAUAUAGAGCUUGUUUAGAACAGAAACUUUAAAAGGAGGGAACAAACCUGAGCAAUUUUUAAUCAAAAUUAUCAGUUAGAAAAGAAUUUAAGACAAAGAUUUAUUGUCCUGAAAGAGUCAACUCACUCAUAUCCAAAACUUAGAAUGUCAGAGACUUUUGAAAGUUUUCUGAAUGUGUCAACUUCUUCAGCAAUGAGAAAUUCAAUUAAUGUUGUUUCUAGGUUCCUUAGUUUUAUCCUCUGAUGAUAACACUUAAUUGUGAAUUACAUUUAAGUGAUUUUUACUUUAUAUUUUCCAUUUGUUACAGAAAAAAAGUCAUAAAUAUGACAGACUUAAAAAUUGUGGCAUUGAGCCAGGAUUUGCAAAUUUGGCAAUAUUAUUUUACUUAAAAUAUUACACUUUUUAAAAUAAACAUUAAGGAUAACAGUCAAAUAAUACUGUAUUGUCAGCUUGUUCACAUUAGAAUAUAGAACAAUGCAUUGUAAACUUCUCGGAAUAAAAUCUAAGUCAAAACCAAUUUAUGUUCAAAUCAUUUGAACAACAAAUAUGAAUAUUGUUACAUCACCUCUGACUCUCUGACUAGUAAGAAACUAUGCAUUUCCAUACCCAAUGAAACCUCAAUUCCUACAGCAAUUCUACUUUUAUUGCCUCCCAUGAACUAUUUCUUCAUGGUCAAUAUCACUCUUUAAAAGCUAGCAAAAUAUGACUUUCUUCUGAGGUUUGGGCAAUCUGGAUCAAUAUUUAUGUAUCUAACCACUUGAAAGGCUGUCUCCUUUUUUGGCCUUUUAAAUUAAAACUUCCAUAAAAUGAAGCAAAAUACGAAAACACCUAGUUGAUUUAUCAGUAAUGUGAAACCCUCCUUCUGAAUUUUUUUGGUAAAAAUUACCACACUGAAACCAAAACUUAACCUUGGCUUGGACUCUCAGAUAAAUUGCUUUUGUAUUCUUUGACUACAAAGUAUUCUCAAAAAGAAGAAAUUAUUUGUGAUGGUAGAUCAAACUCUAGCCAAGAAGGUCUAGAUAAACUAGAGGACUGUAUAAUUAUCUAAAGUAAUUCAGGGGGAUUUUUAGAAAAAUUCUUUAAUUUUUGUUCUUGUGUAAAAAGUAUUAUUAAUGGAUGGCAGCCCAAAUUACUAUUCUUCUUUUAAAAUUUGUUUCAAGUGUGUCACCAGGCACUCAUAAAAUUCAUUUAUUUGUUAUAUAACUCAAUGACCUGAAAUAAUAGGUGCUCAUUGCUUUUUCAUUUGAUCCUUAAAAACAAUUUUAUUCUGUCUAAAAAAAAUUCUCCUGCUAAAAUCCAAAUGAUUACCUGGCUAUAGGAGGAGUUCCAUUUUAUGAACAUGUAUGAAAUAUUUAGUUGGAUUCAGCUGAAAUGCAACUUAGAGAAAGGAAUGGAUACCAGUAGAGAAGAUGGAAAGAGACACAAAAAUCAGACUUUGCUUACAUCAAAAUUAGGUCUGUUGUCUAAUCCUGUUAACCUAGAGGCAAGCUGAAAAUAGAUGGUAAGGAUAAAUAGAUUUUUAAACACAGUAUUUAUAUUUAACAGAAUGUCAUAAAAAUGACAGAAUGCCAUGAAAUUCAGCAUGUCAAAACUUUGAUAAAACAAACAAGAAAUUUAAUAAAUAUGCUAAUUAGAGUGAAUAUUUAAAGGGACAAAAAGAACUUGUCACAUCAUAGAUGUCUCCCCAGUGCAGAAUUUAUUAUCUGCUGGGAAAAUUUGGUUUUAUGUCUUCAAUCAAUAUUUGCUGCAUUAUCUAAUUAAACAUUAGUAUAUUUUUUGUGCUAAUGAGAAACCAUGCAAGAGUCCAAAUAUCAAGUGUGGUGACAGCUUGAAUCAGUUGAGUUUGGUGUUCAUGAAUAAAAUUCUUGAUGAAUGUGAAAUGGUUUAUAUAUAUAAGUUUUAUGUGCAGUAAAUUAAUUAGGCUUUAAAACUUGUUAGCAUGCUUAGCUCCUCCUUUUUCCAUUGAAUUAUCUUCCUAUCUUCCUUCCUUCCUUCCUUUCCUUCCUUGCCUUCCCUCCCUCUUUGCUUUAUUUCUUUCUAGCUCUUAUAAGAUAAAUGACAAUAGUACUUUACUAUUUGGGCUGGGGCCUCCCUUUUUCACUUUCACAUGAUUGAACACUUUGUGGAUUUGUGAGAAAAGGGGAAAGAAGAUGAGCACGUAGAUGCAGAUCAGUUGAGGAUAGAAGUGACCGAGAGAAUUGGGACCUUGACUUCCAGCGACUGUCAGUCAAGAGAAAUGUGGGUCUAUAAAAAUCUAUGUGUUCAUUUUCAUUGAAUUUAAACACUUUUUCAAGAAGUAUCAGGGUCAAUCUGUUUGGACAAUCUCCUAUUUUUACCCCCUUACAAAUGUCUUAAGUUAGAAAAACCUCUUAUUUUCAAGUAGUCAUUUUUUUAUGUAAUUACCACACUGCUAAAGACUGAAAUAGAAAAAAAACGCUUUUUCUGUUUGUAGGGAAAUUGCUUUCUGAAAACUACUCCCAGUAAGGUGUAUACAUCAAAUGCAACUUGAUUUUACUGGCUCUUUAUCUAGAGAUAACUGAUGCACUGUCUUCUUUCUUAGAUACCCUUCUGUAAUUCAGCUUGGCAUAGUAUGAUGUUUUGAGUUCUUAUUGAGGGUUUGGAAACAUUUGUCAUCAACUUUAUGUCUACUCUAUUGAAAAAGCAAUAUACAAUGUAUUCCAUAUUUCUUAGCUCUGUGUCUUUGAGGUUUUAAACCUAUAUUCAGAUAGCUGUUUUUAGCUACAAUUUUGAGUAUUCACCAGAAUUUACAAAUUGCCAUUUUAUUAAAUACAAAAAAAAAAAGUACAGCUUGGAUCAAGAGAUCAAACAUUUACAAAUCUCAAUCCAAAGCCAUUAUUUUUCAGGGAAAAUUCAAUCAUUUCUAGCAGAGUAUUUGAUUCCUAAGGGAAAAUAAGUCAAAUAUCUUCUUUAAGAGUAAGGGUAUUCUUCCAUUGCAGGUAUUUCUCAUUGACUUUAUAAUAAUUUGAACAAAUCUUGAACAAGAUUUAAAGAAUCUAUAAUCUCCCAAACUUAAAAUUGUAUUCUUUCUGGUUUUUUAUUUUUAUGUAUUAAGAUUAUAUUCAAACCACUUAAUAAAUUAUCUUCAUGACAUAAGUUUGUGUUAAUAGAAAAUUAUACAGAAAAAAACAUGAUUUGUUCCUCUGUGGAAAGAUAUGCUUCAAUGAGUUAAAUACCCUUGAAUUUUGGUUCUCAUUUCUUAUUUGGACUUUUUUGUUAUGUAUCUCAGGGGUCUUAAAUUCUAACAGAUGAAGUAGUCAAAGGGGUAUAAAAUACUUGAAAAAAAUUAAAACUUCAAAAGGGACGAAUUUCUCUGUUAACUUUUGUUUAUCCUAUACUGACUUAUUUUGAAAUUGUGAAAAAACAGGCAGCUACCAUAUAAAUUGGUACCUAUGAAAAUACUGAUUACCUUCUUCCUGUGAUUUUCACUGUUAAGAAAACCUUUGUCUUGAAAUGAUGGACAAUCUUAAUACUUGUUCAGAUAAAGAAAUGUGACUUUCAAUACCUUUACCAUUUUUAUUUCUUUAGGGAAAUAUUUUAAUAAUGAUUGUAAAAAUAGAAGAAAUAUGGUUGAGAAAGCAGAAGAAAUUAAGAUGAAAUUUGAACAGUUGUAAUUCACAGUCCCAUUUUUCCCUCUAUUUUAUUGCCUUCUACUAAGUUAUCGAAGGCCCAGAUCUGCAAAAUUUACAAGCUACUAAUUCAUUGUCUCCUUUAAGAAUUUGGAGCAAAAAUUACUCCGACUAUGCGGAAAUCAAUUCACAUCAUCAUGGCAGGUUUUGACUAUGAGGGAAUUCAGGUUAGGUUCAAAUAGAAUAAUGGUCCAUGGAGAAAAAUACUUUCUGGUUUUUCUUCAAGUUGGAUGGAAAGGUUUUUCUUUAUUAAAAAAAAAAAAAAGUCCUCCUGAGAAUUUUGCCUUCGAAAAAGUCAGAAGUUUUAUAACAGCUGCCUGUAGCUACAUUAUAACUUUGGUAAUUAAGUGACAAAACUGUCUCAUUAUGCUUUUAAAAUACUGAUUAAGUGCAUUCCAGAAAUAAUACAUAUCAUUCAUUUCAAAAUCAACCUACCUGAAUUCUGACUCUUCAAUUGUGAGUAGCCAUUUUACAAAACCAAAUGGUCUCAUUUCCCAAACAGUACUUUAAAUAUCAUCCUAAUAGUAAUAUCCUAAUAGUAAUAAUCCUAUUAAUAUUUCAAUGCAUAAAAUAAACAGCCAAUGUACUUCCAUCAAGUCUUCAGGCACUAUAUAAUAAUAAAUAGGUUUCCAAAAUCACUUAAUAAAAACACGCAGUUAUAAUGUGCUCAGCCUUCAUUAACAUCCUCUGCAUGGGGUGGUUUUCAUUUAACCUGAAUUAUUUUAACAUUUUGGCUAAUUUGUUUGCUGCAAUUUCAUGGGUCUAAAUUUUUGGUUUGGCUUGCAAUGUAAAUUAUAUUGUAUAUCUGCUCCUUUGUUAUUAGAUUUACUUUGUGAAUAAUAUCUUUUAAAAAUUGAGUUAUCAAAAACUUAAAUUAUAAUGUCAUCAACUAAUACCAGGUAAAUAUACUAAUAUAUAUGUAGGGCAUGAUUAAAUUGCAUAUAUUUUGAAAUGUCAAACUAUUUUUUGUUUUUUUAAAAAAUGAAUGCAUCUCUUAAACCUGUACCAUUAAUUUUAAAAAAGUUUCAUUUGGUAUUUCAUAUUAUAUUUUAAAAUAUUUUUCUUUAUCUAGUAGUACAGGUUUAAAUAAACUUUUUCUGAUUGAAAUGAUAAAAUAUGCCACAUUUCACUACAAUUUUAAGAAUAAUACAUGUAAAAGUAUAACUCAUGUAAGAUUAUAAAUAUCCACAAUAUCUUCUUUGCUUUUCAUGUAACACCACUUUUUACUCAUUCUUUUAUUUGUUAUUAUUUGAAAUCAUUCACAAUGUAAAUAGCAUGUUUCAUGAUGUAAAAUGUCUUUGCAUUUACAGACUGCAGAACAAGGUGAAUUUGUAUAUGAAAAAUAAGUGAUGGAAACGUGGGAUUCUUAUAAAACAAAGUGGAAAUGAUAGUUGUGUGUUAUAUUUACAUAAUUCAUUACAAAAUUGUCUAGUUAAGUCAUGCAUUUAUUUACCUUAAAAGUGUCCAAACUGUCACUUAUAAAAUAUUUAAAUCAAUAAAUAAUACCAAAAAGGA